AUGGACGAGGACAGCAGCAGCAGCAGCGGGAGCGACAAACCCAAUACCCACUCGAAGUCAACAUCCACCGAGGACUCGCUCGGCGUCAGCACAACAUCAUCCACAUGGACCAUUCUACCAUCGGAUAGGAUCGAGAUGGUGUUGGACAAUCCCAACAGCAACGAAGAGGCCAAAGUCCCAGGGGAGUCCCAGUGCGGCGACUCCGACGAAAAGCAUGAAAACGACAGAUGCAACCUGGCCGUGGUGGAGGACUCCCAGGCGGAUGACAUUUCCGAUGGCAUUUCCAUCAUCAGCGACUGCGAGAGCACCGAUCGCAUUUCACCCCAUCCCUUUCUGCGCGACACCCUGGCCGACCUGAACUUCAACGAGCUACCCAACACCCCCCUGCGGCUUAGUCCCAGAAAUAUAGAAGGAUUGCCGCUGACGCCGCCGCCACCGCCGCCGCUCAGGCAGCGACGCCACAAGCAUACCGAAACGGAGCCGUAUGUGGAGCCAGAGUUGAAUUUAUUGCAGCAAGAAACGAAGCUUGAGACCCUAUAUCGUAUGUAUCCGGUUAUGCAGAACAGCCUUACGGCCGUCUUCUAUGUGGGCGCCACUCUGGCUAUACUGGGCUUCAUCGGGAAGCUACAGCAUCCCGAGUGGCCGGGUUUUGGCAACGACAAGCCCAUAGCCGAGCUGGAGCGCCGAUUGGGGGAGUUGGAGAUGUCGAACAACCUGAUGCGGGCCGAGAUCGACAUAAUGUCCAAGCAACUGCAGUACCUAAGCUCCGGACAGGGUCCAGCCUAUGCCCCAGAUGGAUACUACAAUACCUAUGCCCAGGAGCAAGGGGGAAUGGAAAAUCGCCAAGGCAAAAAGUACAAGAAGUUCAAGGCCUGGCCCGGACUCGGCGACUCACUGGAACCGUUGGACAUAACAAAGGAGGACCUCAAGAAGCCCCACAAAUGCCGCGAUGGCCAGUACGUGAAGUUUGCCUCCAUGUGCUUGGAAAGCCCGCUACCGGCUCCCGAAUCUCUAGUAGAUGAGAUCGGUGAUGCUGUCCACGAUGUGCUGCAACAGUCUCAAGCCUUUCGCAACUUUGAAAAGGUCACCGAGAAACUAGGCACACUAGGCACUGACGGCGCCGAGGACGAGGGCGACGCCACUGGCACAAACGAAGCAAAGGCUUUCCAUCCAGAUGGUAGACAACAGGCAACAGGCAAUGGCAACGGCAAUCCCCAUAAACAACCCAAGCCGAAGGUGGAUCGAUACAAUGACAAGUACUCGCCGAAUGCCUCCAAGGAUCGGUACAACGAUAAAUACAAUCCGAAUCACUCGCACGAAGGCAAUCGGGAUAAUGGUCGCGGCAGGAGCAAGGAGGACCAUUCGAAGGAGUACAACAACAAGAGGCGUCACAACGACGAUCCAUCCAGGCGCGAGCGGGAGCGGGAACGGGAGCAGCGCUUCAACAAGAACGGCAAGAAGCAGCGCCAUACUAGCGGCGAGCGGGACGAGAGCGAUGGCGAUGGCAGCGGCAGUGGCGAAUGGCACGGGAAAUUGAUGCAGCAUCGCGAGCAGAGUCGCCACAGACACGACCAGAAGCGCAAGGACAACAACAACUGGUACAUUGAGCGCGGCGAUGGCCGCGAGCAGGCGCGCUCCACCGAAGCAGGACGCUGA